CCCCAGCUCUGCCGGUGCCCCUCACUCCCGACCUGCAGCCCCAGCCCUGCCCUGCCCCCCUCCCGCACACACUUUGUGUGUUGUGUGUUGGAAUUGCACCAUCACAUGCAGUUGCUGGGAGUCAGUUACAGGCGGUUUUUUAUUGACUUUCCGCCCCCGGGAGGGGCCUGGGCCCUGGCGUCUCUGCUCGGUUCCCCCCCUCCCCCCCCGCAGGUGCAGGGUUCGAGGCAGGCGGAACCCCGGCUCCCCCCCCCCCCGCCUUCCUGCUUCUGCUGCGACACGGAAGCCGGACGCCAGAGUCUGCCUGGAGCCCUCGCCCGCUGCCAUGGCCCUGCCAGGCCCCCUGCUCCUGCUGGCCGCCCUGGCCCUGCGCUGGGCCCACGGGGAGAUACCCACCGUCCGCCUGAUUGACCAAGAGGGCCCGAUCCUGGAGGGCAGCUCCGUGACCCUGGAGUGUCUGACGGACGAGGCCGGAGCUGACAUGAGCCAAUUCACCUUCCAGAAAUACAGUCGGUGGCUCCACUCCUGGGUCUCGCUGGACAAUCCCGACCGGCUGCGCUGCUGGUUCUUCGACGUGAACGUGACGCGGGCGGACGGGCGCCUCCUGCUGGCCAUCGCGUCCCUGCAGUCCUGGCACGCCGGGGCCUAUCGCUGCGUGGCCGCCAACAGCACCGGCACCGGCAACGCCUCCGCCGAGCUCAGCCUGCGCGUGGAGUAUCUGCGCAGCGUCUUCGUGACCCGGGCCCACACCUGGUGCGGGACCGUGGGCGACUCGGUGGCCGUGAUGGAGGGCGAGGACGUGGAGCUGCAGUGCUCGGCCGACGCCUCCCUGCCCCCCGAGUACGAGUGGAGCCGCCAGGGGGCCGACUGGGUGGUGGCGUCCAGCGUGCUGACCCUGCCCCACGUGAGCCGGGAGCAGGCCGGGACCUACGAGUGCCGGGCCCAGCACCCCAGCCUGCCCCACCUGGCGCGCAGCCGGGCCGUGCGGCUGGACGUGCAGGGGCCGCAGAGCAGCUACCAGCUGGAGCCGGGCCUGGGGCUGAGCACCCCCGUGCUGCUGCUGGCCGUGGGGCUGCCGGCCCUGCUGCUCCUGCUGCUGGUGCUGGGGCUCAGCGUCCUCGUUCUGCGGCGCCGCCAGGCCGCCAAGAUCCCGGCCGGGGAGGAGCCCGGCCAGCGCACCCCCAUCUACAAGGGCAGCCUGGAGUCGGUCCCGUCGGUGGCGGGGGACCAGCAGCCCCUGGUGCUGUGAGCUGGGCCCGGCCCCCGGCACAGGCAGAACCGCACCGGCCGUCACAGACGAGAUUCAGCCACUUCUGUAAUCAGCGGGGGGGGGUUAUGGGGGG